AUCCUGUUAUGAUUUAUGAUGCAAUUCAAUUUGUUUCACAAGUGUGGAAUAAAGUUUCUGAAGAUGUAAUUAUUCAUUCUUGGCAAAAAACAGGUAUUCUUUCUUCUACAGAAAUUGAUGAAUUUAUGGAUUCAGAAUCUCUUAAAAAUUAUACAACAGGCGAAAUAACUACGGUCAAAGAUAUUAUAGCAGAGAUACAAGAAAAUGAGUCUGAAGAAGAACCAGAGCGGCAAAUUAAACCUGUUAUAGCAAUUCAAGCCAUUACAGGAUUGGAUUCA